AGUCGAGGACUGGUGCAGCAUUCUCAUCCACAAUGAAGACGCUGCUUGCUGUCCUUUUGCUGUCUGGCUUUGCAGUCAAUUGGGCAUUCGAGACCUGCUCCAGUGAUAAAUGCAAGAAUUCGUGUGAGAAUCGCUGUGGAGACAAGCCAGACAAGUCCUUCAGCUGUCAGUGCAAUGCUCACUGUGAAAGGUUCGGAGACUGCUGCAAGGACUACUCCAUCUGCUCCUAUAUUGAUUCAGAACUGAAUGACGUUCCUCAUCAUGGCAGUUCAGAUAUUGAUGACAAGUCUCACAAGGCGUCUCACGAGGCCCAUUACACUGAUAAAUCAGAUAUCGAUGACAAGUCGCACGAGGAUCCGUACACUGACAACUCAGGAACUGAUAUCAGCAAGAGCGACAUCAAGGCUGCGUCCGAGAUCUUGUAUCAGUCAGAUGUGAACAAAGCAGCAGACAAAGAUAUUAUCUUGAACAAGCAGGAAAUGUCUGAGAACACUAAGAAAAAAGAUGACCUGGCUGAUCACCCAUUGUACAAGUAUGUGAAUGAAGAGAUAUUUAAACGUCCUACAUAUAAAGCGUUUAUCAAGCUACUGGACAAUUACGACAGGAAGACUGGAAAAGAUGAAACAUUCACAGAAGAGGAACUGGAGGAGCAGGAGAUUUUCUUAAAGGAGAUUAUGAAAACAAAAGUUAUGAAGGAGCUUUAUAAAUUCUUCCACAAAAAAGGACUGUACAGAAAUGAGAAGCAGUUUGUUGAUGACCUGAGGAAGAUGUGGUUUGGACUUUACUCUCGGUCUUCUGGGGAACAAGACUCAAGUGGCUUUGAACAUGUGUUUGUAGGUGAAGUCAAGAAAAACAAAGUAUCUGGUUUCCACAGUUGGAUUCAGUUCUACCGCUUAGAAAAGAAGAAAAAGAUUGACUAUUACAGUCAUAAUUAUGAUGGUCCGUGGACAACCUACCCCGAUGUGUUGGGGAAACAGUUCGAGUGGGACGGUUUCUAUAAACAAGUUGGCACCCAAAUAAUUGGCUCCAGUCCUGAGUUUGACUUUGCACUUUAUAGCCUGUGCUUCAUCACCCGCCCUGGUAGAAAAUGCACUGUCAGCAUGGGAGGACAUGAAAUAGACAUACAAACUUAUGAAUGGACCAAAACCUUCUAUGACGAAGGCAAGAAGUUCAUCGCUACAGCCUAUGCUACAUUUUAGAAUGGUUAAAGGGGUUAUCUAAGUUCGAUAAUGCCCCCCUUAUGCCCGGCCCCCUCACACAGAUUGUUGUUACCUCGCUCCCCAGCACCCGCAUCGCAUCUCAUACCAGCAUGGCCACCGCUGCAUCUCCCGGUCGCAAGGAUAAAAACAUCCAGCGCUGGGGGGGAAGGGGGGCAGCCCGUGAUGGGAACAAGCCUUCCUAGCGACGAGGGUGCUGGGGAGUGAAGUACAACCUCUGUGAGGGGCCUGGACAUAUGGGGGGCAUUAUAGAAUUUUAAUGCUAAUCUUACCAUUCUUAAUAACUUGCGCUUUAGAAACAGAUUUGCUAAACUUAAGGCCUCAUGCACAUGACCAUAUGUAUUCUGUGCUCCGCAAAUUGCGGAUAUGCAAAAUACGGAUGCCAUCCGUGCUGCAUCCGCAUUUUUUGCAGACCCAUUAACUUUAGUGGGUCCGUGGUCGGCCAAGUAUAGGGCAUGCUCUAUCAUUUUGUGUAAUGGACAUAGGGAUGUAGGAAGCACAUGGAUCAUCCAUAUGCUUUCCGCAUCCGUACGUCUGUUCCGCAAAAAGAUAGAAUAUGUCAGCAAAAUGCGGACCAUGGAUCCAUUGUAUCUAAUG